AUGACACGUGAUGAUGUCCUUGCAAAUGAACGGCCCAACUUUUCGGUGGACCCGAUCAAAGGCAACCCGCCCUGGCGUUCUGCCACCUUGACGCAAGUCUACGAUGUGAUCUACCGGAGCGGGUACGUCGACGGCUCGGAUCCUAACCGACUUUUGCCAGCAGCAGGCGGAGACUACUGGGCGGCACGUUCUCAAGUCACUGCAACUCUUCCUGCUAUCGAGGCACAGUAUCCCAAGGACUCCACCCAGCCUAAGGCUUACCAGCAGAUGCGCCAGCUCAUUGAUAAGACCAUUGCAGCGAACAAAGCUGCGUAUCUGCUUCGGCUCAAGGACUUUGAGAAAUACCGUAUUGGACAAGGCUACCUCCUUCAAAGGCUUCAGGCCAGGCUGGGAGCUGGAGUGACAAUCAAGACACAAAGGUUGAGCACGACGAUCAACAGUGAGCCUGCAUUCAAUGCACUGGAUGCCGAAGCAACACGGUCAGCGAAUUCCGGAAUUGCAGGCUUUGACGCAGCAUUCGUGGAUGUAUGCCAGGCAUACCGAGCAGAUGACCCGAAUCAUUGGACCGCUCUGCAAAGUGCUCGAGUAGCUCUGGAAGCUGCUCACUGUGAAAUCCCGGGAGGAGGUACUCUCAAGAAGAGGUCCCUUGGCGCAUUUUAG